CCAAUCGCCGAAAGCUUUCCUCCUUCUCUGCUCAACUGUACCCCUCUUUGUUCGUGGGCUGUUGAACACGAGACUUCACGUGGUCGCGGUGCCCUGUCCCGUGAUGCUCUGCCUCCGGCCCGGCCGCCCUUACGUUGUUCAGCUCGUGCACGACUUGUGGUUCAUUUCCGAAGCGCUGCGCGCCGCCUUAGGCCACAGGCCGUGGUCGCCGCACAUGCAGCCGAAGCCAGCGCCCAUCUGUCAAAGAAAUGAUGCUCUCCCGGAGGUUCCUGAUGCUCUCCCUGAUGUUCUUGAUGCUCUCCCGGCCCGCCCCUAUUAGAUAUCUACUUCCAAGAUCCGUCCGCUCCUGAGCAAUAACCCCGAAAUCUUCCCCCGUGCUCCUGGGCAUUACUUUUGGGGACUCUUUAUCUCUACGGCGACCCUCAUCUCAAGCGCUUACGUAUUCUCUUGCUCGCUGCUUGACCGACUGAAUUUCGCAACGUGCGAUCGGAAGAAGGCUGUGAAGUGAUACGAAUCAGGACGACGGGGCUCAAGUCAGCGCCCAAAGCCGCAUGGACACGUAAGUAUGUGCACGGAAGCGGUCAAUCAACGCAGUCCGGUGCCGCAAAGCUGACUCGAAAGUCUGAUCGCGAGCACAGUCGAUUGCACCAGCGAGCGCGCCGUUUGCCACAGCAGGACAUGCACAUGGAGAGGCCCAUACGUGGCAGCUGGGCGCGACAGCCCUGACGUUGAUCGUUGUCGUUGUCCAGGACACUGCGGCACAGCUCUCGUCGACAGCGCCUUUCAUUUGCGCGGGAGGCGGAGUUUCAAAUAGAAAGCUGUGUAAUAAUAUGCCUUAUAAGGCACGCGGCGAGUCAUGAAUAAGAUAUCUUGCUUGUAAAGCAUCCCCCACCACACGACUGACGCAGAUUCGACUCAUCUGCUUCAGCCGUCCCCUGGCCGCCCAGCAGUUCACCUCUGAGGCAUCUACGUAGCCCGGCGCCACUGUCCGCGCUGUCGCGCACAACACAUCAGUCUUACCCCGAAACAGUCGUCGCCAUUCCCGCCCACUCCAGCAACAUCUCAACCACCAAAGAUAAAGAUGUCGUACCAGUGUUAAACAAGUCGUUCUCCUUCCGUCCACCAUCACCAGCACCUCUCUUCACUGGGUUUUCAUCAACACUGAGCGCCUCUCCACAACAUGUUCCGAUAAGCGACAGCAACUCCCGUCCAUAUGGACACCUUUUACCCGGCACACUACCUCCACCACCGUCUGUAAAACGCACAGCUUCUGCCCCUACGAUGUCAAGCACAAACGCACCCGCCGCGACUACGGUCGCACCGAGCCAGGUCCUCGCGGACGUAGAUGCUCUGCUGGCCGAAAUCCAAGGUACUGCGACCCCCAUGUUGACUCCCCCGUCGUCGUUGUCUUCUGACUCGGGAUCUGCCCUAGCGUCACCCGAGUUCCGUCUCGACGAUGACUUUUCCGUCGGGUCCUUUGGCGACGAACCCGUUAUACCCAUGGGCGACAUCUUGACCGCCGACGCAGCACCUCUCUUUGCCGGCUUCCUCACCGCCUCGCCCUUCCUCUCCUCCCCCUUCUCGCCCAUGAUCUCUGAUUAUGGCACCAGCCCUGAGAUGACUCCGAUCUCUGAGAUGGGCACCCCAUACUUGGGCGUCGAGGACUCUCCCCUGAUCAACGACUGUGAUGACUUCUUGAACGGAGAUGCCCUGUUCGGUGGCAUCGACGAGUCAUACGCGGCACCGAUGACUCGUUCCGACGUCGAUAAGUCGAACGAUGUGGAUCUGUCGAAGCUGUGGACUUUUAGCCCAGCGCUCAACGACCAGCACUCAUUCGACCCGCCCUCCAUGACUGGCCCAGUCAUCCCCCCUCCGCCCGUCCUCCAUCGUCGACCUGUCAUCGGAGCGACUGGGACGCGUAAGAAUGUCACGCCUGCGACAUUGAUCGACGACAAUGCCCCGACCCAGAAGCGCAACUACCUCACCCCGAGCGCGACGAGCCGCAAGGCCGUGCCAGAUGCGUUCCGCAAGCGUCUGCACAGCACAGCGUUCGUCGGUGACACGGACGAGGUCGAGCCCAGCGUCAGCGACGAAGACGCGAUUGCGGCCAAGCGGCGCCACAACACAGUCGCCGCGCGCAAGAGCCGCAAGCGCAAGCUCGAGUACCAGCAGCACAUCGAGCGGCGGGUGGAUGAGCUCACGGCGGAGGUGACCAUCUGGCGCGAGCGCGCGCUGAUGGCGCAGGCUCUGCUGGCGAAGCAGGGCACCGUCUUUUCCUUCGAGUCGAUGUAAGCGCGUUGAUGAAUUUAUGAAGCCUCUUUUUGUGUCUGUAUGUGUCCUACUGCUCCCUUCGGUGUCUCGUGUAUCGCUCCCUGCCUUUCCACUCCAUCUCACUUCAACCCCCAUCCAUUUGUAGAGCACCGUCGUACCAUCCAUCCAUCUAUGUUUCUCCCGCCAUCUCGCGAUCUAGCGUAUGUCGUCGUGUACCUGUCAUGUUGGUCGCCGUCUUUUUUUGAACGAAGAAAUGAAACCAAUUGUCCGCUCAAA